AUGAACCAGAAAUGGGGCUGAAGCGGCGAUCGCUCGCUUUUGAACACAUCCUACGGUUAGCAUGUGUACUUUGACCCUCCUCUCUUCCACUACUUGCGCUAAGGAGGGAUCGGAAGUAUGCUGUAAAGAAAAAAGGGGAAAUCUUGACAUCAAGGAAGGACCGAAAGGAGGAGGCAGUGAGAUCUGAUGUUAUGGCACCUGGAAGGGAACAUUACAGAUGGACUGUUUGUGCAGUGAUUGUGCUUUUGAUAGCAUUAUCUGCAGCUCAUAUGACAGAUCGACCUGCAUCUUCUCACCCUCACCGCAAGACUUCUGUGCUGAAGAUGGAUGAGGCGUCCCUUUCGGUUAUCAAUGAGAUUGAGGAUGACAUGAUGUUAUAUGUGUCUUCAGAUCACUGUUUUCAGUGUUUGCCCCAGCUGUUGGGAAUAAUACCUUCAAGGCCAGCUUCUGGGACCCCCACUCUGGUGGGCUUUGUCGUAGACACACAGCACGCACUGACACUGCAGCUCAACAGUAGCUCUACACACUUGGAGCAAUGCAAAGUUCACUUCCACUUUGGGGAGCAGGGGAACUAUUCUCUGUGGGUCAAGAACCUGAAUGAGCCGUCACGGGUCAGCUGCUCCAUGAUCACCAAUUCUGAGCCCAUUAACAGCUACUUGCCUAUUUUGUUUGCUUCUCUGGUCUUUGCCUUUCUGGUGGCAUUAUCGGCUAUCUGGACCACAGUUAAAAGGCUGGAUGUGGUGACAAAACUGCUUCUUUGCUUGGGGAGCACAGUGGAGACCGAGAGGCUGAUAAACUCUGAGCUUGGCACUCCAAACAGAUUGUUAGAUGCCUCUAUGGAAUCGAUCAUUCCUGCCACUACAGGACGGAGGCUUCGUUCUUUGGAUACCUUCCGUGGCCUUUCGCUGGUCGUUAUGGUGUUUGUUAACUAUGGAGGUGGACGUUACUGGUUCUUUAGGCAUGAAAGUUGGAAUGGGCUCACUGUGGCCGAUCUCGUGUUUCCUUGGUUUGUGUUCAUUAUGGGUACGUCUGUUGGUUUGUCCCUGAGCGGUUCAUUGCGCAGAGGUGUCAAACGCACUCAUCUGCUGUGGAGGAUCUGCUGGAGGAGCUUACAACUCUUCCUUAUCGGAGUCAUCAUCAUCAAUCCUAACUACUGCAAUGGACCCUUGUCUUGGGAUUCUGUUCGUAUUCCUGGCGUAUUACAGCGUCUGGGCUUCACGUAUCUCGUUGUUGCUGUCUUGGAUCUUGUGGUGGCCCGAGACCGACUUAACAACAUCCUGUCAAAUGAAACAUGGUACUCGGUGCAUGAUGUGUGCCUCUACUGGCCUGCAUGGGUGUUUGUGAUUGCCUUAGAGGCGAUAUGGUUGUGUUUGACCUUCCUCCUCCCAGUCCCAGGCUGCCCAACUGGUUAUUUGGGUCCAGGGGGCAUUGGUGAUUUUGGCCAGUACCAAAACUGCACCGGUGGAGCUGCAGGUUACAUUGAUCGGUGGUUGCUGAGACAUAACCAUAUUUACCAGACGCCCUCAUCACGGGUUGUAUACCAGACUAUGAUGCCCUUUGACCCUGAGGGUGUUUUAGGAACCAUCAACUCCAUAUUGAUGGCAUUUUUGGGACUUCAGGCAGGGAAAAUUCUGCUGCAUUACAGAGACCAACACAGGCAAAUUAUCACACGAUUUCUCAUUUGGGGAUUCAUACUCGGAAUCAUCUCUUCUGUAUUGACCAAGUGCUCCAGAAAUAAUGGCUUCAUCCCUGUCAACAAAAACUUGUGGUCUUUGUCCUAUGUGACGACUCUGAGCUGUUUUGCUUUUGUGGCUCUGGUGUUUUUUUACUACUCGGUGGAUGUAAAGAAGUGGUGGUCUGGAGCUCCCUUCUUUUACCCUGGUAUGAAUUCCAUUUUGGUGUAUGUGGGUCAUGAAGUGUUUAAGGAAUACUUCCCUUUUCGUUGGAAAAUGGCCAAUAGCCAAUCGCAUGCAGAGCACCUGGCACAGAACCUUGUGGCCACCUCCAUAUGGGUGAUCGUAGCCUAUCUGCUCUACAGAAAGAAGAUCUUCUGGAAGAUUUAAAAUUGUAACACUGCCCUGCAGAUGUAAGAGCUGCUCUUCAUUGUGAAAGAGAUUAUUUGGAUAUUUUUAGUUGUAGAAAAACAGCAGAUCUAUGAGCAUCUGUGCAGAGACUAAAACUCACACAUAAUCCAGGAAUAGAACUUGGCUAUUAUUAUUGAGAAGAGCAGAAGGAAGAAGAGAAAAGAAGAGCAUGUGGCUGUGCCAAGAUACCUCUGUGGACUCAACAAAGCCCCCAGAAUUGAUGCCUAGAUGCCAAGGCAAGAUUCUGCUGAAUUUUAAUUCAAUCAGCUGGUUUGAUUUAAUGAAUGUUUUGAUGCACAAUGAUGAAUUAUUAUUGAUUAUAGAAUUUCUUGCAUUAUGAUAUGGAAUAAUUCUGAAAGUCUUUGGACUAAUUUACUGUAUGUUUAGUUAAAGGGGUCAUAGGAUGCCUAUUUUCCACAAGUUGAUAUGACUAUUUAGGGUCAUAAUGAAAAUUCUGUAACAGUUUAGUUAAUUUCUCAUUGGUUGUGUAAAAAACACCUUUUUACCCUGUCAAAAAGAGUUUUUUCAAAGCACGCAGUUUUGUAGCAUUUUCCUUUAAAUUUUAAUGAGCUCUGCUAACCCUGCCCCUCUCUUCCGAGCUGCUCUCUGAGGCACGGUUUACUUUAGCCGCAUUCAUCAUGAACUUGCAAAUUAGCACAUUAUUAGGAAAGGCGAUUUGCAAAGAUUCAUUAAAAAAAAACUAAAAACGUAUACUCACUUCUUCUGUAUGUGAAGCUAACCUUGAACGACCCGCACGAACAUAGACACAUUUAUGUAGAUCUGGGGCGCAUUCCCUUUAAAAACAAACAUAAUCCACUGCGUCUUCAGCGGCUCAGAUGUCGGGAGUAAAUGACGACUGCCCUGUUCAUUAUUACAUCCAACAACAGAACACCUUAAUCGCUUAGAGACAUUCUUGUCUACUUCUGCUCUGGCGGCAAAACAAUGGCGGACUGAUGACAGUCACUCGGGGCGGGUCUAAGGUAAGAUGUCUGUACUUUUAUAUUUAGCUUUAAUGUCAUGAAUUCUCUGGACAGUGUUGUUUUACUUCUUUUUUCCGGUGGUCUUCCUGUUUUCCAGUGUUUUAUUAUUAUUAUUAUUUUUUUUUUAAAGUGUGUCCUGCCUUGUUAAAAAACUCAGGAGAUUUGCACUUUGUGUGCCAAAUGUAAUGUACUUUAUGGUUUCUCUGAUUAAACUGUCCCUGGUUAUUAGUUUACCAAUAAAUUGUUACCUCUA